AUGAAGGGUCCCCCUGAGCGACGGUUUAUUGUCCCAAUGUUCUCUAGGCCCCAGCGCCGGAAACUCUUCCAAUCCAGGGCCGCCAAUGGAAGCGAGCUCCCGAUUGUUGAGGGCUCUCCCCUGUGUGCGGCAGCAGGGGGGCCUGGGGACAACUCCUUGGCUACCUCGGCCCCGAACCGGGGCCACCCGGGCUCCCUGCCUCCCGCCCCGAACGGGGAGCAGGGAAACCGCAAGGUUGUGAAGGAGAAAGGGAAAGGGGACCAGGGAAAGGCCGAGUCCUCCCCUUGGCUGAAUGCCGGCCAUGUCUCCUUGGAAGGAGAGUGUCCCCAGCUCCUUGCCUUGGAAAACCCUGCCAGCAAAGCGGUGCAGGGCCGCCUUGUGCCGCUCUGGCCCGAGGCUCUGCCGGGAAGCACCCCCGGGCCCAGGGAAGGCCAUCUGGCAAAGGAUGGCCCAGGUCUUGGGGGGCAAGAGGUAGGAGAGAAUGGGAGGAGGCCCCCUGCCAGUCUUACCGAGGACAAGCAACUGGGAGAGGGCUUGCACCUUGCCCUUCCCCCUUCUCCCUCCAGGGAAGUGGGGCAGCAGAAAGGCUCCAGAACCCCCAACACCAGGUUUUCAGACAUGGAUAAAGGGGUGCGGACGUGUCCCAAGCUGAGCGGCGGCAAGAAGCUGCCAGCGACAACGGGGCGUAAAGCGGCCCUCCCGAGGGGGAAGCGCCCCGAGACCCAUCCCGAGGCCGGCCAAGAGGCCUGGAUAAAAGACCUGGACUCCCUGCGCAGGCGCAUGCUGCAGGAGAUCCCGGAGCUUCAGGCUUUGGGGAAGCAGGAGGACGUGGCCGCGUCCGUCCCAACCCGCCAGGGCAUUGCCAUGAUCCAAGAGCGUCUGGCAGCCCCAGCAGGAGCUUCGACAAUAGCCCCGGUUGCCUUGCGCCUCCCUCCUCUCCUUUGUCUCUCUUGGAAGGUAAAAAAACCCAAAGGCCUGAGGGCCCCCAAUGACAGCACGGACCAAAUGGACGGAGGGUCGCAGCUGCCGCGCAAGUGCAGCCCAGAGAAGAAGCCCCCCGGGCGUUCGGCUCAGGCAGGGCACAAAACGGCCCUCCCGGGAAGGACGCGGGAGAAACGGCCCAGCCCAGAGUUCUGGAUAAAAGACCUGGACACCCUGCGCAGGCGCAUGCUGCAGGAGAUCCCAGAGCUUCAGACUUUGGGCAAGAAGAAGGAGAUUUUGCCCGCUGCCGUCCGAACCCCCCAGGGCAUUACCGAGAUCCAAGAGCAUCUGGCAACCCCAGCGGGAGCCUUGCAAACGGCCACGGGAGCCUUGCGCUUCCCGCCUCUGCCUUCUCCCUUCAGGGAGGUGGAGCAGGCGAAAGGCCUGGGGGCCACCAAGGUCAGCGUCAUCCAAGUGGACAAAGGGAUGCAGGUGCAGGGAAAGCUUUGUCCAGAUGAAGGGCCCAACGACUGUGGAGCGGAGACAGAAGAGGAAGGAGCAGUGCCCAGGAAAAAGCGCAAGAAAGACCAUCCUGGGCCCCGCCAAGAGAACCGCAAGAAGCUCCGGAGCUCCGUCAGCACCCACGGGCUGGAGCCAGACAAGAAGGACAAGCUGAGUGGCCAGUCCAAGAUCCAAGAUCGUCAGUCCACUACAGAGAUCUCAGAUCGUUUGGAAGCCCCAGGAGGAGCCUCGGCAAUAGCCCCGGUGGCCUUGCGCCUCCCCCCUCUCCUGUCUCUCUCCAGGAAGGUGGAAGAACCCAAAGGCCUGGUGGCCCCCAAGGACAGCACGGACCAAAGGGACAGAGGGUCGCGGCUGCCGCGCAAGUGCAGUCCAGAGAAGAAGCGUCCCGGGCGUUCGGCUCAGCCAGGGCAGAAAACAGUCCUCCCAGACAGGACCAGCCAAACGCCGGCCAGCCCAGGGUUCUGGAUAAAAGACUUGGACACCCUGCGCAGGCUCAUGCUGGAAGCGAUGCCAGAGCUUCACGCUUUGGGGAAGAAGAAGGGGGACGUGGCCCCUGAGUUCCUAUCGCGCCAGGGCAUUACCGAGAUCCAAGAGCAUCUGGCAGCCUCAGCAGGAGGCUUGCAAACGGCCCCGGAAGCCUUGCGCCUUUCCCCUCUGCCUUCUCCCUUCAGAGAGGUGCCCAGCACCCUGGGCAGGCGCAUCCCGGAAUCAGUGCAGGAGUUACACGCUCUGGGUAAGCCAGGGCACAGGAGCGCCGGCUCUCUCCGAGCGCCCCGGUCACCUGCCCGGGCCCACGUCCGUUUGCCAGCACCGGCAGCAGUCUCGGAAACAGCCCUGCAGCCCUUGUGCUUCUCCACUGGUCAUUUUCCCUCUAGGGGCGUUGAGCAGCCCAAGGACAUCGGGAACACCAUGGCCAGAGGCGUGCAAGCAGACAGAGGGCUGCGGGGGCCGCCAAAGCCCUGGCCUGGCCGAGAGCUGUCUGAGAGUGGCGCUGAGCCGCAAGAGGAAGCGGUCCCGCUGACCAACAAGCGCAAGAGGGGCCUUCCUGAGCCCACUCCGGAGGUCUGGAAGAAGCUCCGGACCUUCCUCAGCGCCAACAUGCCCAAGGCUCCCCAGAAGAAAGACAAGCUGGCUGGCUCUGUCGGGGUCCCCCGGUCACCUCCCAAGGUCCAAGAGCGUGGGGGAACCCCAGCAGAAGGUCCCGCUCCCAGGCAGUCCCAGGCUGGCCUCCGGGCGCCUGCCAGAGACACGACUCACAAGGCCUACGAAAAGCCGGCUCAGCCCAUCCCCACUGCGCCUCCUCUGAAGGUGGUAGGGGCCCUUCUGCCUCCAGCUCCCUGGAGACAAUGGAGUCCUGAGCGGGAGGGCCUGAAGAGGAAGGCCCAGCAGGAGCGGGAGCUCGCUGCCAAGUACACGGCCCUGGGCAAGAGGAACUUUUUCGAGGAGCGGCAAAAGGACAUGGACAUCGCAAGGUACUAUGGCUACAUGGUCUGAGCAGAGUCCCUAGGACUCUUGGGGACUGCGGGCAGCCAGUGUGGGGAGGGAAUUCUCUUAGGAUGUCUGAGGGAUAGACAACUUGUGUGGCUGCAUGCCAGUCCAGCAGGGAAUCCAGAGCCAGGGGAGCAUUAGGGAAACUUGCAGCAGGAGGUGGAAAGCUCUGGGAAGGGGGAGAGAGUGUUGUAGGUUUUUAUUCAGGUAGAACAGUCUGAGGGAUCUUUAGUCAGUAACGCUCCAUUAGAAAGAAGUGACAGAUGCUGGGA